AUGGCCCUCUUCUGGCUCCUCUCCUGCUUCGCCCUCUUUGAGGCUGUCUGUGGUUGCGGGGUUCCUGCCAUUCACCCUGCAAGGAGCAGCAACGCCAGGAUCAUCAAUGGGCUGGAAUCUCUCCCUGGAUCCUGUCCCUGGCAUGUGACUGUGAUAGUUUUCAACCACCCCAAAUUUCACAGAAGAAGUGUGUCCAAGGACAUCACCCUUGUGAAACUGGUCACACCGGUUCGCCUCUCUAAGGAUAAGGCCACCGUGUGCCUGCCCCAAAACAGGGAGCUCUUCCCCGUCAACACGCUGUGCCUCACCAGUGGCUGGGGCUCUACGCGCUACAAUGUCACAAGUGUACCUCAGAGGCUGCAGCAGUCCUACAUGACCCUCAUGGACAACCAACAAUGCAUGCGAUACUGGGGCACAACUGUGCCGAAAAACGUUCUCUGUGCCGGAUCUCUGGGUGUCACCAUGACCAAGGGUGACUCUGGCAACCCCCUGGUGUGCUUGAGUAAUAACACCUGGACCCUAGUGGGUUUAAUGUCCCAGAUCAGCAAAGCUAACUCCAGCUACAAGCCAUUCUUCAGCCCCCGUAUCACUUCUCUCCUGCCCUGGAUUAAGAAGACCAUGAGAAACGAGUCCUGA